AUGGCCGACAGUGCUGAGGCAGUUGAGGCGGACAUCGCUGCAAACGCCAGCUGGGCCAGAACGGCAAAGGAUUUGUUUUCGGGCGCUGCUGGUGGUGUGGCACAGGUGUUAUUAGGUGAGCUCACUGCAUUAGAUAUCGUCAAGGUACGACUACAAACCUCGUCGAAGUAUCCCACCGCCCUCUCAUGCGCAAGAUCUAUCUUGCAAAACGAGGGGCCUCUAGCAUUCUAUAAGGGGACGCUCACUCCUCUCAUCGGCAUUGGGGCAUGUGUGUCCGUCCAGUUCGGAGCAUUUCAUUACGCCCGCCGUGCUUUUGAGGAACAAAACCUCAAAGCUAAUCCUACGGGACCUGCUGGGUUGUCAUACGGCCAAUAUUACCUGGCUGGUGCCUUCGCAGGUCUCACCAACUCUGUACUUUCAGGGCCUAUUGAGCACGUCAGAAUCAGACUGCAAACGCAACCCCAUGGGGCGAACCGUCUAUACAGUGGACCUGUCGAUUGUGUUAAAAAGCUUUCCUCCCAUGAAGGUAUCCUCCGAGGUCUCUACCGGGGUCAGGUUGUCACGCUGUGGCGUGAGGCUCAAGCAUACGGCGUCUGGUUUCUGACAUUUGAGUAUCUCAUGGCACGAGAUAUGGAACGAAACAAUGUCAAACGAUCCGAUAUCUCGUCAUACAAGGUUGCAUUCUACGGCGGACUGGCUGGUGAGGCACUGUGGAUUGCCAGCUAUCCUUUUGAUGUGGUCAAGAGCAAAAUGCAAAGCGAUGGUUUCGGAAAGGACCAGACAUUCAAGUCCAUGCGAGACUGUUUUGCACAAACGUGGAAGGCGGAAGGAAUGAGAGGAUUCUGGAAAGGUAUCGGUCCGACCAUGUUCAGGGCAAUGCCUGUUAGUGCAGGGACAUUUGCAGUGUAG